AUGACGUCAGUAAUCGGGGGUUCAGUCAACAAAGCAAGCAUGGCUGAGAGAAAGCCCUCGAAGGUAUGGCUCCACUUUUCAAAAUGCGAUGCAGAUUACGCUCGCUGCAAUAUUUGUGACGUGAAGUGCAAGGCCAGCAGCGGGAAUACUUCUAAUCUGAGGAAGCACCUGGUUAAGCACAAGAUUUUUCUCAAGGCUGAAGAGUGCAGAAUUUUUGACAGCCUAAGAUCCACGGCUACAAGUCCUGCUUUCGGCACCGUUAGCACGCCUGCAUCCGUUAGCGACUCGUCAUCUGCAGCCAGCAACAUGGGAGAAGAAACAUUUGGUGAUGGCGACAGCGACAAUGACGAUGCAAGUGAGGCAUCAUCAUCUUCGUCUGCUCCAGGACUGUCGGACCCAUUGUCAACCCGCCCUAAAGUGAAAGUGAAAGCUGCAACGAUCCAACAGUCAUUCAGUGAAGUUCACAGAGUCAAAAAGCUGCUGAAGCUGGGCGAGUCUGUUUGCAAAGUGGUUGUUAAGGAUUUUAGUCAGGGAACAGGCUUUGUGCUAUUUGACAACUUCAUCUUGACCAACGCACACCUAUUCAAAGGUUGUGUUACAGGACAAAAGCUGAAGGAGGGUACUGAUGUGUUUGUUCUCUUUAACUAUGAAAAACCUGAGCCACUAACUGAUUACUACUGCUUCAAGCUGGUUAACUCUUACAUCUACUACAGUGAGAAUGACCUAGAUUAUGCCAUACUUGAAGUCAACCCUGAGGGCCAGAGAAAAGACCCAACAAAGAAAACAAAGGUGCCACCAGGGCUCCUGAAUAGAUUCGGUCCCAUGCCUCUGAAUGGGGAAGCCUGUAUCAUUGGUCACCCAGCAGGGGAAGUGAAAAAAAUGGAUCCAAUAUGCAUCAUUGAGAAAGAGAAGAGGGAGCAGGCGAUCAAUGAUCAUUUAUAUCCAUACAAAGAUAGCAAGUUAAUUGUCUACACAAUCGCCAACCGUAUUAAAGAGCAAGGCAUUGACAACAUAAUGAUGGGUGGAAACAGAGCAGACCAAGUGUCGACCUACAACACUUCCAUGUAUCACGGCUCUUCUGGCUCCCCAGUCUUUGAUGCUCAGGGCAGAGUGUUUGGUUUGCACACCGCUGGAUUUGAUUGUGAGUUUCGAAACCUCAAAGAGCAUGUUAUAGAGUACGCACAACCUCUGCUUACAAUAUUUGAACACUUUGUGAGUAAGCUGAAGAAAGAGAACAGGGAAGAAGAUAAGGAGCUGUUGAAGAGAGUUGAGAAAGAAGCAAAGGGAAACCCAUACCUAAAAAAGGUUCUCAAUAUCAGGGCAACCAGCACUGAGGAGCCAUCAGCAGAGAAUGAUGAAACAGCAGACAGUGAUGAGUCAAUGGGGACUGAUUAG